AUGGCGGCGAAGUCGGACGGGGUCCUGAAGAUGAAGAAGAGCGACGUGGCCUUCACCCCGCUGCAGAACUCCGAGCACUCCGGCUCGGUGCAGGGGCUCCACGCGGGCGCCCAGCCCGACUUUGCGAGCACCGGGGACUGCGACUUCGCCAACGGGGAGUCGCGGUGCUGCGGCGGCGGGGGGGGAUCCAACUCGACGUGCCCUCUCCCGGGCAGGGAGCAGCAGAAAUACACGGUGUGGGACUGCCUGUGGAUCGUAGCCGCGGUGGCCGUGUAUCUGGCCGACGUGGGCACCGACGUGUGGCUGUCGGUCGACUACUUCCUCCGCCACGAGUACUGGUGGUUCGGCCUGACGCUCUUCUUCGUGGUGCUGGGCUCCUUCUCGGUCCAGCUCUUCAGCUUCAGAUGGUUCAUCCACGACUUCGGCACCGAGGAAGGCGCCGAAUCCGCCGCUGACUGCGCCCACAUGGACGGGAACACGCUGCUGAGCGGCUCGGCCUCGCACGCCGACGUUACCGCUCAGCACCAGCCGGCCACGCCGCAGAGGCAGGCGUCGACCGCCAGCAAGAACACCACGACCAACAGCACCGCGAGCACCGCGGGGGGCGGCAGGGGGAGGAAACGGUCGGCCUACUACUCCUUCUGCGUCUGGUUCGGCCAGUCCGUCAUCCACAUCCUCCAGAUGGGCCAGAUAUGGAGGUAUUUUCACACCAUCUACCUGGGCGUUCGGAGUCGUCAGAGUGCUGAGACAGAGCGUUGGCGUUACUACUGGAGGAUGGUCUAUGAGUUUGCAGAUGUGAGCAUGCUGCAUCUGCUGGCGACCUUUCUGGAGAGCGCACCGCAACUGGUGCUGCAGCUGUGCAUCAUUAUACAGACACACAAGCUCCAGGCUGUGCAAGGUAUGACAGCUGCAGCCUCCCUUGUCUCCCUGGCCUGGGCCCUGGCCUCCUACCAGAAGGCCCUGAGAGAGUCUCGGGAUGACAAGAAGCCCAUCAGCUACCUGGCUGUGAUCAUCCAGUUCUGUUGGCACUUCUUCACUAUUGCUGCGAGGGUCAUCACCUUCGCCCUGUUUGCCUCUGUGUUCCAACUCUACUUUGGCAUCUUCAUUGUCCUGCACUGGUGCAUCAUGACCUUCUGGAUUGUCCACUGUGAGACAGACUUCUGCAUCAGCAAGUGGGAGGAGAUUGUGUUUGACAUGGUGGUGGGCAUAAUCUACAUCUUCACCUGGUUCAACGUCAAAGAGGGACGGACAAGGUGUCGGCUUUUCAUCUAUUACCUGGUGAUUCUGGUGGAGAAUGCUGCUCUCGGUGCGUUGUGGUAUCUCUACCGGUCGCCUCACACCACCGACUCCUUUGCAGUGCCAGCACUCUGCGUCAUCUUCAGCAGUUUCCUCACUGGUGUGGUUUUCAUGCUCAUGUACUAUGCCUUUUUCCAUCCCAACGGGCCACGCUUUGGACGCUCACCGAGCGGCCAGGGUCUGGACCUAGACCCCACUGCUCAGUUCUCCACACUACCAUCUGAAGGUGCCACCAACUCACUACGUUCCAACCGAGGUGCCACCGCGACCCUGGAGCGGGACGUGGGGAAGUAUUCUGAGCGGGACGGCUGCAUGCCAGUUUUUCAGGUCCGACCCACAGUGCCAUCCACGCCAUCGUCUCGUGCUGCACGCCUCGAAGAGACCGUCAUCAAGAUCGACCUUUGUAGGAACCGCUACCCAGCCUGGGAGCGCCACGUCCUCGACCGCAGUAUACGCAAGGCAAUCCUGGCCAUAGACUGCUCGCUGACCCCUCCACGGCUGCAGUACAAAGAUGACGCUCUGGUGCAGGAGAGGCUAGAAUAUGAGACCACAUUAUAGUUCCAACCUGCUCGCAGACCCCAUCGUGGGGUGCAGCCGUCAGAGGAUUAUCCUGCUAUCACAUGAACAGCAACAGGGACUGUUGCAAUAAAGAAUUUGUUAUUAGCAACAAUUCCUUUUCAUCCCUCAUUACACUUUUUCUGUUUCUAUUCCUCGGCAUCAGUGCCACCCAGAACAUUCAGGGA